AUGAGACGUGUUAGGCGUUUAGUUGUACUGGCAGUUCAACUUGCAGUCAUAGUAUGUACAAGUUAUCAACUGACAAAAUUACUAUCUCAAUUCAAAUGGGAGGAACAAUUCGGCUUAUCACGAAAUGAUGAUGGUUUCUCCUACAAUGAAUUACCACGUGAAAUUUAUUCAAGUUCAGUGGGUAAUUUAAAUCAGACCUAUUAUACUGCAUCACAAAUGAAGAAGUAUGAAAAUAAAAUUACAUUCGGAUUUACUGAGAAAGAUCUUGAAGAAUUAUAUGAAGUGAAAUCUACUCCAGCUGCCGUCAACUACACAAUCUCUUAUCGAAUGGAUUCAACAAUUUAUGUACCGUAUCACAAUUAUAUCCCAUUUGUUGCUAGUCAUGGUCCAGAUACAAAAUACGUACUUCCUUCCCGUAACUAUGCCACUGGUAAAUCUAAAAUGGUAGCAUGGUUCGUAAGCAACUGUCAACCUAAAGGUCCAAGAAUGAUGUAUGGAAAAGAAUUAUCUCGUUAUAUUCAAGUUGAUAUUUAUGGUAGAUGUGGCAAUAUGACAUGUCCUAGAGAAGUAGAUUCUCAAUGUUUUGCUCUACUAGGAAAGCAUUAUAAAUUCUACCUAAGUUUCGAAAACAGUUUAUGCCCUGAUUAUAUUACGGAAAAGCUUUACAGAAAUGCAUUAAUGUAG